ACCUGUUCACGCAUUAUUUGAAUUCCCACAGUAAACGAGUAACAAUAUAAAAUUAUGUGACAUCAGCCGAAAGAUGAAAAGCAGAUACAUGGUGUAAGCAUUAGACGAGUCUUCAUACUUAGUAUGGAAAUAUAUGGGAUCAUCAUGCGUCAAGAAUAGAAAAACAAAUCAGCUUACCUUUUGACACAUCAAAAAGCACUGGAGAGAAAUCUGAGCGAAAUCUAGUCAAGUUAUUAGAACUAUACACACGCAGUACUCAGACAGUUUUUGCAAGAGGUAUCAUCAAUAGUCCUUUGGCAGGACAGGUAAUCACCACGGUUUGUAUGAUAGGGGCGAUACGAAUGUUCAUCAUGAUAGAGUAGAGGGGGAGGCAUAACAAAGAACUCCAGCAAGAUAAUAUGCUAUAAAGAUGGAUGAUUUUAUAUCGUGAGAUCCAGAAGCGAGACCCGAAUGUAGCAGAGCUGUUAUUGCUACUUGCUUGCUUUGAUCAUCGAGAUAUCUGGUAUGAAUUAGCGAAAUCCGGUUCUCAUAGACAACAUACCCCGCCCUGGUUUGAUAAGGCUAUAUCCAAGCCUCUUGCUUUUAAAAUAAGUAUGAGGGCUCUUAUCGGAUUCUCCCUAAUUGAGACCAAUCAAUAAGAUGGAAGCUAUGCGAUGCAUCCUGUUGUACAAGACUGGUGUCCCCACAUCACUGAAAAAGAACCUAGGACCAGUGGGCAAAAUUAUUGGGAGCUCCAACGGCGGUUGCUAGCUCAUGCAGAUUACGCACGUCAGAGGUGGAAUAACAACCGACAGACUCAUGACAUCGCCGUCUGAGGUGCAUUUGAUGGUUUAGGGAAUCUCUACGAUGAUCAGGGCAAGCUGAUGGAGGCGGAGAAGAUGUACGAGCGAGCACUAGUAGGCUGCGAGAAGGCACUAGUUCCUCACCACAUAUCCACCC